ACUUGUGAAAACAUCUGCUGCUUUUCUAGCGAUAGUUGUGCAGUCGUUUGUACUAGAAAAUCAAAUAAUUUUUAUUGUAAUCCACUGCUUUGUGUAGAUUGACGUUCUUUCACAUACUUAUCGAUAUUUGCAUACUAAAAAUAAUUGUUUACAAUAGAACACCCGGUUUUUAAAGAAACACUGAAAUGAGUACGUCCACAUCCGGGGAUGCUGGAGCGUCUGCUGGUGGAGACGGAGGAGAGUGUGGAUCUACUGGACGAUUUCAGGGAUUAUCAAAAAAGACGAAUGUUUGUUUAAUCUGUGGCAUCUACACAAAUCUGUCGCUGAAUAUUUUCGAACCACGAAACGGGCCAAACAUUCGGGAGGUUAUCUAUCAAAAGUAUAACUUCCGGGCGGAACGCGGAGACAAUGAAGAAAAAUAUAUCUGUUACAGUUGUAAUAAUUGGCUCAUAAAUUGGUAUUCGCUGCAGCAUUUAUCCGAUUCGCGGACUUAUGAGUCAACUCCAUCUUCUAGCAGGGCACAGUCUGAAAAUCGCCAGAAACGACCCAAAAACGAACGUUCGCAUUCCAACUCUUCCCCGGGAUCCAGUCGAAGCAAGGAAAAUCUAGAACAAGACGAUCAGGUAUCCUCUACAGUAAAGACACCCGAGAAAGAAAACGGCUCGCCAAAACGAAAAUCUAAACGAUCUAUACGCAACAUCCUAAGAGAGUCCAAUGGUCAACAGAACUCAUGCUCUAACAAAUUAAGUCUAGUCAAGCCUUUUGAGUCUCAUUUGAUCAAAAUGCUAGAAAAUCAGGGAACUAGUGUUAUCAAGGAAAAUGUACCAGUUAUUGAAAGAUGUAGACCAACCCCAUUCAUGCAAACCAAAUUAUGCAAUACCGGUGGAAACCCAUCUCGAGCAAAAGAAAGCAAUGAAAUCGUACUGAGUUUCAAUUCAGCUCUUUCGGAAGUAGUACCAUCGCUUCAGUUGCUUCGUGAUGCAGAUAAGAACGAGUUGGGCCCUAUUUCAUCAAUGGAAAUACAAGAACAAUUUCUUCAAACUCAUCGUUUGUCCCGGUCACUUUCGAUAUCUUUGGUUGAUAGCAUUCCGCCGAGUAGUAGCUCAUUACAGUAAGAAUAUUGGCAUUUCCGGACUGUACAAGCAGUUAUUGCUGAAAUUGUCGAAUUAUGAUACUUCCGAAUCUCAGUCUAUAUCAUGUUUUGUUAUAAACAGUGAACCUGGUGUUAGAUCUACAAACGAUGCAUGUAUAGGAUUGUAAUAAUUUUAAUUCAUUCCUGCGAGCAGUAGUAGUUACUUUUGUUACAAUAUUCCACCGAUUCACUACACCAAAAAUGCUCGAAUAAUAUUAUUUACGUUAAGAAGUUAAUUUAAGCUGGUGGCAUCAAUCUCAGUUUUCCGAAAAAAAUGAAUCGUUUAUAAAAAACUUCUCACAUUUAUAAACACCAUGUUUUUUUUAUUGUGCAGCAAAAACUAGCCCAUAUUUGUCGUCGCUGCAAUGAUUUAGAAGAUUUAGUGUGAAUUAGAAGAUUAACUUUUGAAAUUUGAUGUUACAUGUUACGGGAAAUUAUGUACCGUUGGAAAUGAAUACGUUUAUUAGUUUAAAAUAUACUAAGUUCAGGCCAUCUUUCGUUUCAGAAUUUUCAAUUACAUACAGUACAUAUUAGUUAGUGCAGUUUUUAUUAAGUUUGAAGAAUUAGUAUUGUGUUCAUAGUAACAGCUGCCAUAACCAUGACACCAUAAUGUUAAAUAAUUUUUCAUUGUACACCUAUAUAAAUAUGUAUAAUUUAUUUCAAAGUGAAUAGCAAAAAUACAUUCACAGAUAAAUUACGAAAUAAACUGCAAUGAUUACUAAA